UGUGUAUAAAUAUUAAGCAAACAAUUUAACCGUAAUUAUCCAAAUCAAAUCAAAUCAAAUCAAAAAACUAGUUUCAUCCCCAUUCCAAUCCAAUCACUUAGAAUUUGAGUCAGAAUCGGAAUCUGAAUCCCUAAUUGAAAACGACAGCGUUUCUCGCUUUUUCCCUCUCUUAAAUAAACCCCCUUUUUCCCCUUCUCUCUCUACCCUGUCUUCAACAAUGGCUUUCUUUUCCUCUUCUUGAUUCUGAUUCUGAUUCUGAUUCUUUUGAUUCUUUUUCGGUUUUUUUUUCUGAUUCUUUCAAAAAAAUGGGAUUGAAAUUGGAGGAAUCAGGAGGAGGAGGAGGAAACGACGACGUAUUGGUUGAACCACCGGUUAAUUUCUCAAUGGUGGAAGAUGGAAUUUUCCGGUCAUCUUUUCCGCAGCCUUCCAAUUUUUCUUUCCUUCAAUCUCUCAAUCUCCGUUCUAUCAUAUACUUGUGUUUGGAACCCUAUCCAGAGGAAAAUUUGGAGUUUCUUCGUGCUCAUAAUAUUAAACUCUUCCAGUUUGGAUUAGAGGGGAAAACGUCUUCUAUAGCUAGUACAAAGCAUGCUAUGACGGAGGCUUUGAAAAUCUUACUUGAUUCGAGAAAUCAUCCAGUCUUGAUUCAUUGCAAACAAGGAAAGCAUAGGACAGGCACAUUGGUCGGUUGCUUUAGGAAACUGCAAAAUUGGUGCUUGCCUGCUGUGUUUGAGGAAUAUAAGCAUUUCGCUGGUGCAAAAUCAAGGGACGGUGACCUGAAAUUCAUCGAGAACUUUGACGGGAUGUGCUUGCGGCAGUGUCUUUACAGCAUUAUCUUCCAGUAUCAUGGAUAUGGUUCGAACAAGAGGCGAUUACUUUAUAGUGAAGACAGCAUACAGAAGAACCCGCAAAUUAGAUCAAAUUAGGAACCAGUUUUUAGUUUGGUUCCUUGCAACAUCUGCCUGUUUGUUGCAUCAAACUGUGACUAUUACUUGUUUUUUUUUUCUUUUUCGGCUUUCAAACAUUUGUACCGUAGGAGGAGAAUAUUUCUCACAUUGACGAUGACUUGAAUUUAUUCUUCUGAUUAUUUCUGUGCUAUAGCUUUAAUAGCCGCUAUCGGACUUUCUAUAUCAAAAGAUAGUUUCAUUUAUAUACAUCGAAAGAUUAUUUUA